UGCUCCCCUCUUCUUUUACAAAGGCCAAGGGGAAGUACUGUAAAAUUAUGUAGGUAUGGAAACAGGAAUAGUAGCCUCCCUCUUUAAAGUUUGUGCUUGAAAUCAGACUUAUUUUGGGUGCAGUGAUAGAUUAAACAGGCUUAAUCCAGGCAACGGUAGAAUGUCGAUUGCAAACCCACGGGGUAUCAUCAAGCCGCCCCGUUGCUCACCAGAUGAUUUGCAGACAGUAGAAACUCACCCAUGGUUACUCUCCUCAUUGCCCAUGAAUGCAUCCGAGAGACUGAGGAUGAGUAACUUGGUUUACUACGGUCACUAUCCCCGGAUUCCUGAAGCAAGAACAGGUCAGCCCUAUAAAAAUAACUGGCAGUUCAGGGAUCACGCCUGUGACCGCGGAGUUCAUCCCGACUUCGUGGACCUCCGCGGAGGACCGUCCAACGUGCACAAUGUGGCGACCGGAUAUAACCCUCUUCCUGCCCCUCACCCUGAACUGUUCCGUGGGCAUGCUACAAUAGACAAACUGGCUUACAUUAGGAAAAAAGCUGAGGACCACAGGAUAUGGCAAGCGUGGUGGGAGAAGUUUGGAGAACGCUAUCAUUACCAGCAAGCGAUCAGGGAGUGAGCAAUGACAUCAUUCGACCAUGGCAGGAUUAUCUUGGGAAAAAAGAGUUGCUGACAUAGCAGAUGUUUUCAGUUGUCUGGUAGAUAAUGUUUGUGUUCUUGAGAACUAACAAAAUAUGCAUCCAUGUAGAUGUAAAUACAUAAUAUUUAAGGCUUGCAAGUAAUAAUGUGGUAAAUCAUGACAAGGAUGUUGUUAGUUAGGCUUCUGGUGCUUUUGUGAUAUUUACUGCUAGACUGUACUAAGAGAUGGAAUCUUCUAUAAAAGGAUCGGAGAACGUUUUGAUUCCCCCCC